GGAAGACUCCUUGGGUGAGUUCCUACAAAGGGGCCAGUAAGUUGUAUGCGUGGAUGGGCAUUUUACUGAAGGGUAGUUUGGGUAAUCCUUGCUGGGAUAACUAGUAUUGCACGUUGUGUUGUAUGUGGUUCUGCAAUCUGUUGUAGGUUACCAGUACUGUGAUUUGAGUCAACAGCUAACACUGUUAUUCUUGAAAUUCUGGUUAAGCUCAACAAACGCUAUAUACCCCGGUUCUGUUCGAAAUGUCAGUGAGUGUGGUGUGAGUGAGACACAGAACAGCUGCGGGGCGAGUGCGGAGUCCCGACCCACGGUUCCAUCCUCCCACGAGGGAAACUGCUGGGGACGGACAUAGCAAAAGCCAUAUACGUUGUUUUUCAGUGUGUGUUUGCUCUUGUCUUGUUGCCAUUGUAAAGUACAUAAUCAUAAGGUGCAUACAGGGGGUGGGAAAAGGUAAACCGCAACUAAAGUCGGGGUAGUGCUACCUCUAUUGUAAGAUAGUACUGUGGUCUAAGUGUGAUAAAGUUUCAUCAGAUUUGAUAGAUUGAGUUAAGAUGGGGGGAUCACAGGGAAAAGAGGUCCCUGAGCGCACACCCCUGGGUUGUAUACUGGCACACUGGCGAGAUAUUGCUGGGAAAUCAAGAGGAACCCUGAGCCGGAAAACUCUGAUUAAAUACUGUAAUCAGUGGUGGUUGGUGUAUAAGUUGGAGGAUGGGGAAAAGUGGCCUCUGAAUGGAACUGUAAAUUAUAACACACUGUUACAGCUUAUGCUCUUUUUGAGAAGAGAGAGUAAAUGGGAUGAGGCAGCAUAUGCAGAUAUGUUUUUCACCCUCCGUAACCAUCCCGAGUGGCAGAAAGAAUGUGGGAUGGGGCCGCCGCAAGAUCCAUUUGUAUUAACUGUGGAGAAAGAGCGGUGUGAGACAGGGGAAAGUAAAAUAAAACGCUGCUGCUCAUCCUGUAGUAUCGGACAGCAGUGCACAAAGACAGGCAAGGUUAGGGAGCCUGAAGAAUUGUCGGAAUAUCUCCAGGCUCCCUGGGCAGCGGGGGCGAUAGGUGAAGAAGCCCCACUAGAAAGAUCCCCUGAGGUGCCUCCUCUUGAGCACCCUCCUUUGCCCCCUGAUCCUCCUGUUCCUCCCGCGCCCUCGGCACCUCCUGCCUCCCCUGUAGCCUCACAGACCCUGAGGCAACAGCAACAGCCGUUAGUAAUAGCCCCGCUGAGGGAGAUGGUGGGGCCACGUGGAAUAAUAUUAGUCAGAGUCCCGUUUUCUUUACCUGACUUAGAAUCCUGGAGAGAGAUUUGCAAAAACUACCGGGACGACCCACUAAAGGUAGCGAGACAUUUGCAGUUUAUAAUUAGACAACAUGAUCCGGACUGGGAUGAUAUUCAGCUGCUGUUAGAUCAGCUGACCGAAACAGAGAAACAACUGGUCUUAAAAACAGCACAAACCCUCACUGAGGACAGUUUGCAAGGAACAAAUGAAGACAUUAAAGACCAUUUCCCAUUACAAAAUCCUCGCUGGGACCCAAAUACAAAACAUGGAAGGGAGCUUUUGGAGAGAUACCGAGAAUGGGUAAUAAAGGGAGUAGAAAGAGCUAUCCCUAGAACAGUGAACUGGUCUAAAUUAUUUGAAGUGAAACAGGGUCCCCAGGAGACUCCCUCGGAAUUCCUUGAAAGGCUGAGGAAUGUAAUGAGAAAACAUACCUCCCUGGACCCGAGGUCUGAAGAGGGCAUACAGCAGCUCGUAUCGUUGUUCACAGGGCAGUCUGCAGGGGAUGUAAGAAGAAAACUGCAAAAACUAAGAGCACCAGCUAGUUGGAACUUGGAAAGUUUGCUAGAGGAGGCUUGGAGAGUGUUUAGCAAUCGGGAGGAGGUAGAUAAUAGAGAGGACAGAAAGGUAUUGAUGACAGCUUUGCAAGAAACAAGAAAGGGUGGGAUGAACAAAGUGAGGAAGCCCCUGGAGAAGGACCAGUGCGCCCUCUGCAGGAAAAAGGGGCUCUGGAAAAAUGAAUGCCCGCUGAGAAAACAGAAAGAAAAAGGGGGGGCAUGGAAUAAGAUCCAAGCCCCGGUGGAAAAGGACUGCUAGGGCGAAUCUACCCUAGCAGAUUCAAUG